GGUUUACAGCAUAACUACUUCCGGGUUGUCGGGUGACCUUGAUUCCUGAGAAGCAAGAUGGCGUCUCUGCUGAGGCUGAGCGUCCUCUGCGGAGCCCGAGGAGGCCGAGCUCUGUUCCUCCAAAUCCCAGUGGUUAGACCUGCUUAUGUCUCGGCAUUUCUCCAGGAUUCUCCUACUCCAGGAUGCUGUGGAACAAAGCACAUUCACCUGUCACCAAGCCGACAUGCUGGUUCCACAGCUGCAUCUCUCCAUUGGACUGGUGAGAGGAUUCUUGCUGUUGGCCUCUUGGGCCUGCUUCCAGCUGCAUAUUUGAAUCCUUGCUCUGCGAUGGACUACUCUCUGGCUGCAGCCCUCACACUCCAUAGUUACUGGGGCCUUGGACAAGUUGUUACUGAUUAUGUACAUGGGGAUACGCUGCCGAAAGUUGCCAGGGUGGCCCUUGUGCUCUUCUCAUCUGUAACCUUUGCUGGCCUUUGUUACUUCAACUAUCAUGACGUGGGCAUCUGCAAGGCUGUGGCCAUGCUGUGGAAGCUCUGACCUCUCACUUCAUCCGUUAAGAAUUGAUUGUAUGCACAUUUGUCUCUGUCAUGCCAUUCAGCUUGCAGUAAAGAAAUAACAGAUGAGUACACUGCUGGAUAAACCUUCUCCUGAUUACAUGAUUACAGAAUUUAAUGUGGAGGAAAGAUUUGAGAGGAAUUAGAUCUAAGAAACUGAGGCUCCGUUUUGUGUUGUGGCGAGUGAAUGUGUUGUCUCCCACCUCACAAAACUCAUAGUGUCUGCAGUACGUAUGGUUGGGUUUUUUUGUUUUGUUUGAGGUUUUUUUUGCCUUUUUUAACUUGUCAAUUUAUCAAUUUCUUAAAAGAAUUUAGCUUUACUGCUAUCAGCACGUAAUAAUACUUCUGUUUUUGUCCUGGAAAUAAUGGACAGAAUAAAAGCCUAUUCAUUCUUGAGUAAAGACUUGACAGAAAAUUGGAAAGUAUAUAAGUUUUGGAAGUGUCUUUCAGUUCUAUUGAUACUGGAAUUGGUCAUAUGUUCUAUGGAAAUUUUAAAAUUCGAAGGUGCUUUAUCUCACAUUACAAAUUUCUAAAUGCUAGAAGGGAACCUGAGAGCUUCCCCAAUAGAUGCACUAAAAUUUAGGAACAAGAUUUCCCCUGUGGAUGUACUAAAAUAUUUCAGAUUCCAAACAGAUAUCAUCCUCAAAAGUAAGUAACAAAGUUGUUUUUCCACUGUGGGAAUUGCUAAUGAGAAAAUGUACUCUAUGAAAAGUUUUUUUUUUUAAUAAAUUGUAUAAUAAAAAUAUAUUCUGUUAUUUUA